AUGACCACAACAGCCUCCCGCUCCCCCUCCUCCCUCCUACAGCUUCCAAAACCCCUCGCCAGAUUCUUCGCCCUCUUCCCCCUAAUCGAACACGCACCACAACCCGUCCCAAGCAAACGUCGCAUCUCCGGCCCCACGCUCUGGAUCCACCCGCCGAAGACAAGCAACGACCUCCUCAGCGCCGACGUCGAGUGUCUGAAAUGGCAGGCGCAUAUUGCAUUGCGUGGCCUCACGGACGUGCAGGUGAGAUCGGAUGUUAAGGCGGAGGGGGCGCUGGGCGGGAGGUUACCGAAUCUGCAAACGCCGAGUGUGUUGACUGCCGACGAAGAUGGGGACGGGGACGGGGACGUGGAUGGGGAGAUAUUACCGGCGCAUAAUAUCGCGGCAUGGAUCGAUGAGAGGGUCGGUCUAGUCGAGGGCGAUGAGUUGGAGGGAUAUAGUUCGGUCGAGACGAAGGAUGAGAGUCAUGCCUGGGUUGCCUUGUUGGAGGGCGACGUUCAUGCCGCACUCGCACUAGCCCAACCAUCCCCAUCCUUCUUCUACACCACAAUCCUGCAACUCCCCGCCUCGGGAUCCCCAAGACCCGUCGAAACACUGCUCACGCCUCCGCCAGCCCCGCUCACAGGCUUAUCGUCCCUCCUCCCGCCGUAUGGAGCGCGUAUACCUGUUAAUGCUGUGAAGAUGAGGUAUCAUGAUGCUGUUGCAUCGUUGAGCGAGAGAUUGGGGACGGAUAGGUGGUUUUUGGGCUCGAGCUCCCCAACAGCCCUCGACGCCCUCGCAUUCGCCUACCUCCACACCCUCCUACAUACGCACGACGACCUGCGCAUCGAAGUCGCUAAGCGCGUUAAUCUCGUCACUUGGGAGCGGAGGGUGUAUGAGGCUGUUAGGGGGGCUUUUGUGCCGUGUUGAGGGGGCGACGUGUGAGUGGACGUUUUAUGGUGUUUAACUCGGAGGACUGUCACUUUCGGGUGGUUGGGUUUAGUGUUCCGAUGUUCGAGUGUGUUACAGUGCGUGAAUCCGGUUGCUUUUGUCUAUUCGUUAAGUAUCACCGACCUCAGGUCUAAGUAUUGUAAUAUACGUCAUGAUG